AUGUCACUCGCUCAGCACGUCACCCAGGCCGAAGGCUUUGACUACGAGCGUCCCACAGAGCAAGUCGUUUCAAACGGCAACAACGAGGCCAUAUUUGGUACACUCAACCCGGACCAUCUAGAGAGUAGUAACGACGAUCCGCAUUGGAGACGCCUGAGCUUUGCACCUAUUGAGACCGUACACGUCGAGAAGCCAAUUGCUGCUUACAAGGUCUCCAACUCCAAACGAUGGGUACAAGUAGGGACUGGUAUAGUGGCAUGUUGGCUAGCUGCCGGCAUUGUCUUUGGAUUCGCCGCUCUUAAGCCUGUCCUCAUUGCCGAAGGCGUCUACAGCAAUCUCUGUGAUGCCAAAGAUCCGAGCACGGUGGAAAACGGCGAUAACUUUCCUUGCACCGAACAAGACCUUAGGUUGAAUCUAUUCUUCAUCGCUGCCUCCGUCACGGCCAAUGUGUCCUCGCUCUUAGCUGGAUCUGUCCUUGAUCGCUAUGGCAGGCGGGUUUGCUGGAUCGCCUCCUCCGUAUGCCUCACUCUGGGGUGUAUCCUCAUGGCAGUUUCACGCAACUUCACCAACUUUGACGGAUACUUCCUAGGAAACAUGUUGCUGGCACUCGGCGGAACCUUUAUUUUUGUGUCCAGUUUCCAACUCGCCAAUGCAUUUCCCAAGUACAGUGGGCACAUUAUUGCAUUGGUCACUGGGGCUUUUGAUGCGUCUGCUGCUGUUUUCUUGAUCUACCGCGCGAUUUACGAGUCGACAGAGGGUGGGUUUUCACUUGAGAGGUUCUUUUACGCCUAUAUCGUCAUCCCAGUCCUCAUCGUUGUGGCCGAAUUUGCUUACAUGCCGGUUCGGUCCUAUCACACAAUUCCCCAGCUAGACCAAAAGAUCGAGGAAGUUCAAGACGAGGCGCACGAUGUGCAUGAGUCAGAUGACGAUAUCGAUGAUGCCGAACAAUUACGCAGAGUACGCAAUGCCCGAGCCGAUCGGCGGUUGUCAAAGCUGGAUCAAAUCGAGGAAGUCGCUGGUGACGCCGAACAGCGAGAAGAACGUGUCAAGGUCAACGAGGAACGUCAAGGUGCCAGCGGAGUGUGGGGAGUUCUUCACGGUGUUCCUGCCCACCAGCAGAUCCAGAGUCCAUGGUUCAUCCUCAUACUUUUUCUUACUAUUGUUCAAAUGUUGAGGAUGAACUACUUUAUUGCGACUAUUCAUGCACAAUACCGAUACAUGUUGGGCUCCGAGGCCGACGCCAACACCAUCAACCGUUUCUUCGACGUUUCCUUACCUAUCGGUGGACUCGUCUCGACUCCAUUCAUUGGCGUUCUUCUAAAUAAUCUUAGCGUACCGUCAACUUUUGGCGUCUUGACUGCCCUGAUUUUCGUCAUCGGCAUCCUCAAUUGUUUGCCCUUCGGCUGGGCGGGAUACGCCACCGUGGUUCUCUUCGUUCUCUUCCGGCCCCUUUACUAUUCAGCCAUCUCGGACUAUGCAACCAAGGUUUUUGGGUUCGCCACUUUUGGACGUAUUUAUGGCACCAUAGUGUGCAUCUCGGGCCUGGUCAACUUCGCCCAAUCCGGCCUGGAUGCUCUCACUCAUGGACCCUUACACGGCGAUCCGACACCAGUCAACAUCACACUCGGCGCAUCAGGCACCGUUAUUGGGGCAAUUCUGACGGCAUUUGUCGCCAUCAGGGGUCGUGCCUUCGUCACAGAAGAGAAGCCUGAGUUAGACGCUUCGGAAGAGAGACAGAGGCUAUUGCCAUCGGCAGGACAGGACUAUGGAAGUCGAGAAUGA